UCUCUGUCUAUAGCUCGCAAGUGCAAGUACUCCUCCUCUCCUCUCCUCCAGUCCUCCCCACAUAGACACCUAGUCCCAAAUUCAUUCCAGAAUCACAAGAAUAUUGCAAGAACCAAGGACAAGCCAGACAAAAAUCAAACCAUCUCGACGUGCACCGAACUGCCUAGCCACCACAGCAACAGUUCAUCCCAUCCCCACGUUAGACAUUAGAGUGCUUCAGUGCCUGGAGUACUACCAAAUACCCCAUUGCGCUGUGCAAGCACAAGCGAAUCCAAGUCGUUCUACCACGAAGUUUCAGCUCACAAACGUUGCCUCCUCUCAAGCUCCCACGUACUAGCAUGCGUAGGACAGCUGCUGCUGCUAAACGGGCCACGGCAUAAGAGAGAGAGCUGUAGAAAGAGCGAGGCGAGGAAGGAAGGAACAAGAAAGCAAGGGAAAGAAAGAGGAGGCUCCUGGGAGGGGCGGAAGAGAGGAGAAGAAUUACAAUGGAGCAGCUGCAGCAGCAGGAGCGGGCGCGGGAGGUGUACAGGGAGUGCCUGCGGAACCACGCGGCGAAGCUGGGCACCUACGCCUCCGACGGCUGCUGCGAAUACACCCCGGCCGACGCCGACUCCGGGGCCGGGGCCGGGCUCCUCCUCUGCGCCGCCUGCGGUUGCCACCGCAACUUCCACCGCAAGGCCUUCCUCGACGCCACCACGGCCGCCGGCCCUCACCCGCAGACGCCAAUGCUGCACCACCACGCCGCUCCCGGCGCGCCGCCGGGCUACGGCAACAUGCACAUGGCGAUGGGCGCCGCGGGGGUCCUCGACGGCUCCGGCGGCUCGGGGCGGCGGCGGACAAGGACCAAGUUCACGGAGGAGCAGAAGGCGCGGAUGCUGCGGUUCGCGGAGCGGCUCGGGUGGCGGAUGCCGAAGCGUGAGCCCGGGCGCGCGCCGGGGGACGACGAGGUCGCGCGCUUCUGCCGCGAGAUCGGGGUCACCAGGCAGGUCUUCAAGGUCUGGAUGCACAACCACAAGGCCGGCGGCGGUGGGAGCGGCGGCGCGGGGGGAGGAGGCGGCGGCGGCGCGCAGACGUCGUCUUCGACCACGCGCGGCGGCGGCGGCGGUUUGGGGGGCAUGUCGACGGCGGCGAUGGGAUCGGGCGACGGGGAGGAAGACGAUGAGGAGGUGAGGGGCAACGAGAUGUGCAUGUAGUUCGUUUCUUCGAUCUGCUUACCGUCUUACGGCAAUGGGAAUGUGUGGGAUGCCAUGGCUAGCUAGGCUAGGCUGGGAUGAUUUAACUCUCCUCUUUUUGACUAAUUUCUUUGGUAAUUUUGCUUGCAUGAUGAGUUGAUUCAUGACGACGAUGAGAUGAUUGUUUUUAACCGGGAUGCUAAUUCCAUGUCAUUUUGAUCAUUAAUUUGUUGAUUGAUUUUGUUGUUA